AUGCUUUUCCUCCCAGCUGCUGCUCUGUGCUGUCUGUGUUCAGCCCUGGUUGCCAUGGCAGCAGAUCUGACCCAGGACCAGUUAACAUGGACCAAGAGAGUUGGUCAAACAGUCUCCUUCAGAUGUGAAGGAACUGGCCAGUGUGAUAAUGAUUGGAUUUACUGGUACCAGAAGAAAGAAACAGAAACAUUCAAACUGAUUCUUCGGAUUGAUAAAAGUGAUGGUCAACUUGUGAAAGGUUAUAAUCAUCCUCAGGAAGAUGAUUUCUCAGCUGUGAAUAAACAGAACAGCUGGGAGUUGGAGAUAAAGAAAGUUAAAGUCGAUCAUUCAGCCUCCUACUACUGCUACUGCUGGUACAGUAACAAAGAGAUCGGCUAUUGGUACUACAUCUUCGGCUCUGGAACUAAACUCAUUGUCACAGAUGAGCGGGUAGUGAAGCCCGUGGUGAGCAUGUACCCAGCAGCAUCCAGACCCAACCAGGAGGGGAAGAGCUCCCUGCUGUGUCUGGCCUCAUCCAUGUUUCCUCCUGUGGUCCAGUUCUCCUGGAAAAGACAGAAGAAGGGCGGCUCUCUGGAGGAUCUGACCUCUGCUCAGGGAGAUCAGCUGGAGCUCAGAGAGUCAGGACACAGAGCCUCCAUCAGACUGGUGGAUAGAAAUGAUCUGUACACAUAUAAAUACAUCUGCUCCGUCAAGCACGAGGGAGGCAUAGUGGAGGACACACUGGAAGAAAGAGUGGAGGACAGAGUGGAGGCCCAGGCACUACAAGGGGUUCCAGCUCCAGCAGCCUCCUGUCCUCCAGAGAGAGAGCCAGCAGACCUGGCAGCUCUGCAGCAACAUCACUGUAAGAUCACCUGCUGCCUCUCUGCAUGGACAGCUCCAAUGUCCAAUGAGGACACUAGAACAACUUCACAGGAUCAAUCUGACACUUGCACUAAUUCAUAUCUGUGUGUGUGUGUGUGUGUGUGUGUGUCUGUCAGUGUCCUUCCAGUCUGAGUGCAGGGUGAAGCUGCUCUGUCUGCUGUACA